GAACUUCAAAUUGAACCGACGUCACCAACAAUACAAGUAGCUAGGACUAUUCGACAGAUUGGAGACGAAUUAGACUCUGAUCCGCAUCUAAAUGGUUUACUUCAUAAACUACAUGUUACAUCAUCAACAGCUUAUAGUACAUUUAGACGCGUAGCAAUGAGAAUAUUUCAAGAUGGGCAGUUCAACUGGGGACGAAUUAUUACCCUCUUCUUCUUUGGAUAUCGCUUAACUAUACGUGUAUUAUCGGAAUCCCCUAUUGUUGAGAUGAUUAUUAGUUGGAUAGCGCGUUUUAUCUACGAAAUAUGUUCAUUUUGGAUUGCGGAAUCUGGCGGUUGGGACGCUAUAACCCAAUAUAUUCAACAAGCCGAUUGGAAGAACAAGUAUACACUCGGAUUAAUUGCUGUUGGUGUAUUAGUGACGGCUUUUGUCACAUGGCAACGA